AUGAAUGAAUUGGCAAAAAGUUAUGUAAUCCGUUUUGGUUUGCCAAAAAGUAAUCCUUAUUUAAGUCCAACUGAUUAUGUUUAUAGCAAGGUUUCAACAUUUCAUGAGUUAGUUUCGUCUGUUGUUCAAGCUGGUGAUCAGGCAAUGUUAGAUAAUUUACAUUCAAAAGCACAAGUUAUUAUUGAGGUUGGAUCUUUACUUCUAACUUUGGUUGAAGGUGUUCAGGAUGCUCGUCAUGAGGAUUUUGCAAUUCAUAUAGAAAAUGAUAUUUCGACAUGGCUAAAUCAACCAGACUUUCUCACCCAUUUUACCGCUCAUUUAAAUACUGCUCUUGACUUUUUGACUUCAUCAAUUCCUGCAUCAGCAGUUACAACAUUAGAUGAACAAACACAGCUUCCCACUCCUCAUUCAACAAUUUAUGAGCAAUGUCUACAAUUGGCACAUUUUGUUCUUUCGCAACAAUCUUCAGCUCAACGCAAUGACUCAGAAAUUAUUUCACGUUUUGCGAUGUUGGGUCAUCAAAGGGAUGCUUUAGAAUUGGCUGAAAAGUAUAGAGAUUUUACUUUCCUCGUUGUUUACUGCUACAAUAGACUUGAUAAACGACAAUGUGAGGAAGCAUUGAAUAGAUACAAAAAAGAAUACGAGAAUGAUAAUUUUUACGAUUUUCUUUAUACUUGGUAUCAACAAAAAGGAAUGUUUAAUCAUCUUCUUGCUGAACCUGGGAAAAAAGCUAGUGAUUUUCUAGCAAAACGUCAAGAACUCAAUUGGAUAAGACAAGUUGAAGAAGGCCAAUUUACACAAGCAAAGAUAACAUUGAAAAAGAUGGCAAAUAAUGAGAAAGAUGAAAACAAAAGAUUGAUAGAAUUAUCGUUGUGUAAAUUAGCUGCUCUUUGUGAAGAACAAGAAAACUUGCCUGAAAUUGCUGAAUUAUCUGAACAGAUAAGUGAAUUACAUGAAAAACAAAGGAUGAAAGAAAUGAAUAGAGAGGGAAGUGAAAAUAUUGAAAUGUAA